AGAAGAAGAAGAAGAAGAAGAAGAAGAAGAAGAAGAAGAAGAAGAAGAAGAAGAAGAAGGAAAAUGGCUGAAUGGGUGAUCUGUUUUUCGAGGAGCUCUACUAUUGGAUGAACCACCGCCGUUCCGUUCCGUGCCGGCAGCAUGGACGGCAGGUAUCCGCAUCAGACUCGGUACCCGACGGCGCGACAGUCCAGCUGCAGCGUCGCAGCAGAUCCUCCUCCGCCUCACGACGCUGAAGAAUACGGACUCCCUCGCUGGUUCCACGCUCCUCCUCCGGGAGCAUAUUUCGGGGGCACAUGUUUACCCCCUCCCUUUGCAUUCGACUCCUCCAUACCCCCACCUGCCUUUGCGAGCCCUCCUCUCGGACCACCCCCGACAGGCGCGUCUCCCGCCGCCCCGAGCUCGCUGUGCAGCGGCUCUGGAGCCUCUCCGUUUCUGGCUUUUCCUCCGCGGUUCGGCGCCGCUCCUCCCUGGUUCGACGGCAGCCCUCCGGUCGCUGCUCCCCCGCGGGGCUGGGACGGCGGCAGCGAAACCCCGGCAGAGGAUGAGGAGGCUCAGCAGAAGAGGCGAGACCGGGACUGGAUCCGCCGGUUUCUGCAGGACAGAAGGAAAAGGCCGAGCGGUCCACGGUUCCGUCGGGAGUGUCGGUUCCCCCUGCCGGAGCUUAAAGGAGUCCUUUACGGGGCAGCUGCGCUCGUGUCGCGGCUGGAGCAGCUCUGUCUCCGCCUGCAGGGUGAAGGCGGGUGGACGGACUCCUACCCAGCGGCUCUGGGGGUGAAGAGAGAGCUGCAGGAGAACAUGACUCUCCUCAGAGACCCAGAAAACCUGACCAGAAUGAAAGCCAACGUGUUCCGGGUGUCGCAGAGAAGAGUCCGGCUCCGGAAGGCCAGGAACCUGCAGAAGCUGGAGUGGAAGCAGGCCGAGGAGAGCAGCAGCCGGAAGGAGGCCGGGAUAGAUGAGUGGAGGCUGAGGCAAAUCCAACAGGGAGAGGAGAAGAAGAAGGAGCAGGAACUGAAGCUGGCAGCAGACACUGUCCUGUGUGAGGUGAAGAAGAAGCAGGCAGAUGUGAAGAGAAUGACAGACAUCCUGAGAUCUCUAGAGAAGCUCCGCAAGCUCAGAAAGGAAGCAGCAUACAGGAAAGGUAUCAGCACUGAGCAGCAGUGUGACGAGUUAUUCAGCUGCAGCCUGGAGCAGCUGAGGAGAGUGAUGAAGAGGAGGGGAACGCUCUACUCUGCAGAGGAGAAGGCUCUGAUGGUGAUGCUGGAAGGAGAGCAGGAAGAGGAGCGAAAGAGAGAGCGGGAGAAGCGAUUGAAGAAGGAGAGAGAGAAGAGUCUGCAGGUCAGACGGAGGGUGGACGCCAUGUUAUUUGGAGACGAGCCUCCAGCAGAUGGCGUCUUGCAGCCCUUCAGGGAGCUACACAGCCAGGCAGAGUGCUCCUUCCAGGCUCUCCUACACAUCCGGAGCCAGUGGGACCUGUUUCUGGUGUCAGCAGAUAAUCACAAAGGUUCCUCGCUCCCUUACAACUGGGUGAUGCCAGAGCUGCCGUCGGACCAGAACUGGGCCUCUGUGCUGCAGUCUCCUAACCCUGACUGAUCUGCCCUCAACUGAACGGUCCAAGAACCAAGCAAAGCUCAAACCUCCUCUGGAAAUGCUCAUCGUGUGACGCCUGGGACUGUUUCAUCAUCGGAAGUCACAGUGGUUCUAAGUCUGACACUGAACCAGUUUGGGGUUCAAAGUUCUGGAAAGCCUUUCUGCUUCAGGUCCAGUUUUACAGAGCAGUCAAAGAAAACAUCAAGGGGACCAGGAGAGCCCCCCCCCCACCCCCGACCACAAUCUUUUUGAUUAAAUUCAUUUUGAUCAAAAAUAUCCUUUUAAUUAUCAAAAGGUCCUUAAAACUUGGGUCACUAAGCAAGACGAAAUAACAAGAGCACCGCUCAGUCGACACAAACAGAAGAAAUCUGGAAAAUCUUUUGAACUUUUUAAUGUCCAGAUGAUUAAACCGAAGCCAGGCACACAUAUGCACUAUCAACAGAAUCCAUAACUGUUCAGUUUCAAAUGUCCCAAUGUAAAGUCCUUCACUGGAAAUAAAAAACAAUCUGAUGAA